AACAUGAAAUAGAGCAUACAGCCAUUGGUAUUUUGAAAUGAUAUUGAACUGCAAUUCUAGUAGCUGAAAAUGGAGGUGCCAAACAGAGCAAAUUAACUCUGUGCAUAUCUAGUGUUGUCUCUGUGUGAAUUUAAUUUGGUGGCUAUUGUAACAGUAGAAGAUAAAUAGAAGGCUAGCAGAAAAUAAUGGCUGCAAAAUUUGACAAUUACUAAUUAUACAGACAGUUGCAGUUGUAAUGUACAUGUAUUUGGGAAUGUAUGUCGUUAUAUACUUAUUUGUAAAUAGUUAGACAAAUGUUCAGUACCACUGAUAAAGCCAGACUACAGAGCACAGGUGUGGGCCCCAGCUGGCUGAAAGACCCUCUAUUCUUUUCUUUUUAUGUUAUAAUGAAAUUAGCUAUGCUGCAGAUAAUCACACUUAUUAUUUAUAGUUCCAAGAAAUGCAAACUGGGAAUAAAGAUGGCAGGCACAAGUAUCUGAAUGAUGCUUUUUCUGUCAAUAAAUUAGAUUUGCUAGAGCACUGACUGGCCACUAUUGAAAACAAAAAAUUAGUCCAGAGAGAACUUGAUAACUCAACAAUUUUCAUUUUGCUAGGUUUUAUAAAUUAAGGAUGAUUGAUAGAGAGUGAGAGACAAAGACAGAUGCUCAGAAAUCUAGAUCAGAUAGUAAAAUAAUGUGUGAAACCUCCACUGUAUUAUUCAACAUAUUGUUCAACUUAAUUAUAUUUGUGUCCUUUGCUGACCAGAAAUUCCAAUCUUUUCACACUAAUGUUUGCUUCUGCAGUCUUAAAAGAAGCAGCCCAGGACAACUGCAAUUACCCAUGGAUGGAGAAGGUAAAAAGGACCCUGGAUAAUCACUUCAAGCAAGAUGUCACUUCUUGUGUGCUCCACCAGUUCUUCUUACUUCAGUUCUGAGUGAAUUCUAAUUUCUUCCUGGAGGUGAAAGAGGACACAGGCAUGAAGCUGCGGCAGUCAGUAUUGGAUGCAUUUAUUCUGCUACCUUAUCUCAGCAUAUGGAUUGUUGAUGGACAAUCUCCUCCUGGAAAGCCUAAAAUAAUAAGUUGCCUGUCCCAGGGAAAUGAAACAUUUACUUGCCAAUGGGAACCUAAUUCAGAUGGGGGUCUUCCUACAAAUUAUACUUUGCUGUACAACACCAUUGGUGAAGAAGAGACCCAUGAAUGUCCAGAUUACCUAUCUGCUGGCCCCAAUUCCUGUUACUUUAAUCAAAGAGUCAUCAGGCUUUGGCAAACGUACAACAUCAGUGUAAAAGCUACCAAUGAUGCAGGAAGUAAUAUGUCUGAUCCUCAUUAUGUGGAUGUAAAAGAAAUGGUUAAGCCAAACUCUCCCAUGAACCUCUCUCUGGAAGUCAAAAUGAUGAAUGGAACAAUGUAUGUAUGGUCAAAAUGGUCACCACCUCCAUGGGUCAAUGAUUCAGCAUUAUGUAAUUAUGAAUUACGACUAAAGUCUGCAGAAGGAAAAGAAUGGGAGAAUUAUUUUGUGGGAGAGCAUAUGCAGCAUAAAAUAUCUCAAUGGCACCCAGGAAUUAAAUACACUGCUCAAGUUCGCUGUAUAACAAAACAUGGCAAAAGGAGUGCGUGGAGCCCAGAAAGUUACAUCCAUCUCCGUAGUGGCCUGCCCCCAGGGAAACCAGUCUUCAUAGGAUGCCGCUCUCCUGAAAAAGAAACCUUCACUUGCUGGUGGAAGCCCAGCUCUGAGGGAAGUUUGCCAAGAAACUAUACGCUGCUCUAUAACAGAGAAAGAGAUAAGAAAUACUAUGAAUGCCCAGACUACACAACAGCGGGGCCCAAUUCCUGUUACUUUGAUAAAAAGCAUACAUCACUUUGGAUGACAUAUAAUUUUACUUUAAAGGCAAUGAAUGAGAUGGGGAGUAGUGUGGCGGACCCUUAUUAUGUGGAUGUAGCUAAUAUAGUUCAGCCAAACCCUCCAGAAAAUCUCUCCCUAGCAUUUGAGAAAAAAGUAUAUGGAGAAUAUCUGUUGCUGAAUUGGAAUCCACCUUCCCUGGGUGAUGUCAAAUCUGGUUGGCUAACUCUGGAGUAUGAGUUACGCAUAAAGCCUGAAGAAGGACAAGAGUGGGAAAAAAUAUUUGUUGGUCAAAGGACAACUUAUAAGAUGUUCAGUGUGAAUCCAGGAGAAAGAUAUGUUGCACAGGUUCGUUGCAGAUCAGAUCACGGUAACUGGAGCAUCUGGAGCCUUAAAAGUUAUAUUAAACUCCAAAAAGGUAUCAGCCUAAAGGAUGUAGUGGUUUGGAUCUUUGUGGUUUUUUUAUCAAUUGCCACAUGUUUGAUCCUGAUUUGGAUAUUGGCUUUGAAAAGAACCAAGAUGGUGGCUCGCCUUCUACCACCAGUUCCAGGUCCAAAAAUAAAAGGUUUUGACGCUCAACUAUUACAGGCAGGGAAAACUGAAGAAUUACUGAGUGCUCUCGACUGCCAGGGUUUUCCUCCAACUUCAGACUAUGAAGAUCUGCUGAUAGAAUUUUUGGAGAUAGAUGACAGUGAAGAUCAACAGCUAAUGCCAAAUCAUGGAAAGAGUCACCUCAAUAAAACUGUAAAGCCAGCACACCAGGAAACAGACUGCGACUCAGGAAGAGGAAGCUCUGAGAGUCCAUCUCUACUGCAAGAGAAAUAUAAGGAAGCCAGAAAACAUCCCUCUGAAGUAAAAGUACUGGAUCCUGAUGAGGUACAAAGGAACACUGAUACAAAAAAACUAUCAGAAAUAUUAAAACUAGACUCUGAAAGGCAUCUCUCAUGGUUGACCAGUGGGAGCCCAAAAGCAUAUAUGUGGCCUAGAGACCAGCCAGGGAACCCUCACAGUCCAAAGUGCUCUUCUCAUGAUACCGUAGAGAUCUGCAAAAUGGCACUCAAAGGCACAAAUGUAAAAAGGUCACCCAUCUUGGGGAGAAGUGAAAGAAAGCAUUGUUCUCAACCUCCUGAAUCCAUUGAGACUAUUAGUAAAGAAAAAACAGCCCAACUGGAGGAUGGAGCAAAUUUGUCUCUAAGUACUCAGUUUAAUCAAGAGGUAUUUUGGCUGGCACCUCCAAGGCAAUCACCUUUUACGUCUACAAAGCCAAUGGAUUAUGUAGAGAUUCACAAAGUCAGCAAUGACGGAGUGUUGGCUGUGCUACCCAAGCAGAAAGAAAGUGUUGACAAAACUGAAAAGGGUCCUGUGCCUACAGAUGCAAAAGAAUACAGCAAGGUUUCAACUGUUGUAGCUAAUCAUAUUUUGGUAUUAUUACCAGAGUCCAGAAUAGAGGCUCUGCCUUCUUUUCAGGAACUUCCAGAGGAGUCCAACCAGCAGAGCCAGGCAGAAAAAAACAUGGUCUAUUGCCUCCCAGUUCCAAACAUGUGCAAAAUACAGACUGGUGGUUUAGAUUAUAUGGAUCCAAAUAACCUUAUGGCAGCCUUUCAUUAAUGAACAGAUUGAAAUUCCCAGGUGAUGCAAGGAAAAUAAACAUUCUGGGCACAAAAUUGCUCAGCUGGAGCUCACAUCUUUUUAUGCUUUAUAUUCGGUCAUUAAGAACAGAGAAAAAAGAUCAUCUUGCUGUCUGUGAUUAGGAGAAUUAUUUUUGUGAAGUCUGACUUUCAGGAAAUCAAAAGUAUGUGUCAUGAUUUUAUUCCAAACUAUAACAAUCAACAGCACCUAUUUCUGACAUGUCUUAUCAAAAAGGACAAAGUGUCAAAUAUUGCUGGUUAAGGUGUAAUUGGGCAGUGGCCAUCCUGGUGUGAAGGCUACAACAGAUAUGCAACCCACCAUAUUUACUUCUCAUUUAUUGAGCCAUGAAAUCUGACACCAUGCAGAAGAAAUAUACAAGAGCACAGGACUUGCACUCAAGAGCAUUCCUCUUUUGAGUGCCACAGAAUUGUAUCACCCUCAGAUUUCUGAUAACUGUUUUGUACAUCAGCCCCUCCUCCUCAUCAUUUGAGAGAGAGGUGUUUCCUACCUGCUGUCUCUUAUUUUCUCCAAAUAGGAAAGAUUGAUGACAUUAAAGAACCCUGAAUAGCCACCAUUUAUAUUUCCCAGAGUAACCCAGAUCUGUGCUAUAUUGCUCUGCUGAGCUACGGGCAAUUGUGGCUGGGGUGUGUGUGUGUGUGUGUGAGUGCUCAGUGGAAGCAUUAGAACAUCUCAAGGAACCAUGUCAGUAAUAGGGGGCUCAUGGCAGUGUCCAGGGAAACUCAUUGCUGAUACCCAAGCUGGGUCAUUCUUUUACCAGCCAAAAACUACAGGCUUUGUUGUUGCUUCAGUAGAAUAAAUAUGACACUUAACAACCAAACAAAUUCCUGAGUUCCAUGACAGAAAAUCUACACCCAUAAGAUGCUGCAUGAUUGCUCUGUUGUUAUUCAUACAGGUCCUAUGACAUGCUGCUAGUGAAAAUCUGCAAUUUUAUGUCACAUGCUGCUAUAUAUUUUAACACAUUUUAGAAGCUCAGAAAGGGUUGUUGUUACUUUUCUGCCUUUUUUUUCCUAUUUAAAAAAGCCCUAGUUUUAUAAAUGUUAAAAAUCUUAGCUCAUCUAAUCUAUUAAAACAUACCUAACUAGGGAGAAAAAAAAAUCUGUGUCUCCUGUUUGAUUUUAGUGUGUUAGGUUCUUGGAUUCCUUUUUGGUUGAACUCAUUGCAAAGAUCUCCAUUGGCACUAGUGAGACUACUUACAAAGUAAGUGAUUUUAGAAUUCCCACCUUUGGGGGAAACAGGAAAUUUAAACUAGCCCACUUCUAGGUCUCUCUAUUUUAACUUAAAGUUUAAUUCAAUUUCAUAUACUGCCUUAUUGUACAUAAUAAAAAAGCUACUUUAAUAUAGCCCCAGUGUACUUUUGCAGAUUAUUUUUUUAUUCUAAAUAUUAAUUUA